AUGGCCGACGAUUCUGAACCGUUGCAAGACCCGGGCGACCGAACUCCGUCGGAGCGACCGCGCUCACCCGAACUGGUCGAUUUGGGGGACGAUGAGGAGGAGGCUCAAUUCGAUCGUUCGGAUGACGAGUCAUCACCAACUAACAAUGAACUGCCACCGUCUAGCAACGAUCUUUCACAGUCGAACAAUGAGACGACGCCUGCCGCCGACCAGGAAGAGGUGGUCGAGGAGCCAGUCGACGUGACCCCGUCUCAAACGUCCUCGGUACCGGAGCCGGCGCCAGAGCCUGACACGCCCGAAAGCGAAGAACGGCCCACCCCUAAACACAGGCGUCUCAGGAAACACGGUUCAUCCUCGCGUGAAGCGUCCGCUAAUGUGAGCCAGGAGGCGGAACAGCAGGUGGACGACAGCAUAAAAAUCCCCAAGAAGAAAAAGACCCAGCGUAAAAAGAGCACGUCAAAGAAAUCUGAGGAUCAGGAUGGCGAUUUCGUGCCAUCUGCUGGCGAUUUCAGCAAGAACCACCUGGAUGCGGACUACUACGAUGACGACGAGGUGGAGGAGCGCAAGAUCCCGAAGAAGAAGGCGCCCAGCGCGGGCAAGCUGUAUUUCGACGAGGUGCUGAAGCGCGUGAAAGAGCGCAAGAAGAAGAACGUGCAGAUCACCACCGAGGAGUGCCAGCAUUACUGUCGGCAGCUGAUAGACAAGAUGAUUGCGGCCGCCACCGCCGACGUUGAGGCGGUGCAGCAAGGCAAGACGGGUCUCAACAAGCUCAAGAUGCUCAAUGACAUUUCGGAGUUCAGCAAACCCGCAUGGCGAAACUGGUGCAUCGCAGAGGGUGGCGCGGUAGCGCUGGCCAGCUGGAUCGCGCCCCUGCCGGACGGAUCCCUGCCCACCCUCAGCGUCAGGACCAAGGUCCUGCAAAUCGCAUUGCAGCUGCCCUUCCAGUCGACUGACCUAAGGGACAACGACUUGGGGAGGAAUGUGGUGGCGCUGUGGAAGCACCCGGAUGAGUGCGACUCGAACAGGGUGCUCAUCAGGGCCAUCGUGCAGAAGUGGGUCCGGCCGAUGCUCGGCCUCGCGUCGAACUAUGCGGAGAUGCAGCAGGACUACUCCAUGCCCAUGAAGUCGUCUGUUUUGUCGAUCGAGGGCGACGACAAAGAUCGCAAGCAGUUGCAGAAGUUCUCGCAACACAAGAACCAGAUGGGCAGCAUCAUUGUCAACCAGGAGCGCAUCAACUCCAAGCUCACCCAGAUGUUCCGGGUCAUAGAAGCUCGCCGUAAGACUCCAAGCAAGGCCACGAAGGUCAACAUGGACGGCGCACUUAUCUAA